AUGGAAGAGCAGAAGAAGAGGCGACUGGAGGAGGGCACCAGAGCGAACAGCGUGGCGGAGAGCUCCCCCCCCUUCCCCCUGAGGAGCAAAACGAGCGUAGGGUCAACCAACUCCCAAAUCACGGAGACGAAGAAUAAACAAGGGGUCUACCCAAUAACGGAGAGUAACCUAAGAAUUCUGGAAGGAGAAGACAGGAGCGAAAAGGCAAAGGAGCUUUUAAAAAAAUAUGUAAGCAACGUUUUUGAAAAUGAAAAAACGUUAUACAUUUACUGCAAAUAUGUAAUGCUGCACUACGGAAAGGAUCUAGUAAAUCCAAAUGAGGUGGACUCUCUAGAAUUCCAGAUCAUCAACGGAGGUAUCACCAACAUUUUAAUAAAAGUGAAGGACAUGUCGAAGCAAGCCAAGUACCUCAUAAGACUUUAUGGACCCAAAACGGACGAAAUUAUUAACAGGGAAAGAGAAAAAAAAAUCUCCUGCAUUUUAUAUAAUAAAAAUAUAGCCAAAAAAAUAUACGUUUUUUUUACCAACGGGAGAAUUGAGGAAUUCAUGGAUGGCUAUGCUCUUUCCAGGGAGGAUAUAAAAAACCCAAAGUUCCAGAAACUCAUUGCCAAGAAUCUGAAGCUCCUACAUGAUAUCAAGUUGAAUGAAAAUUUGUAUAAAGAGCUUCAAGUGACUCAGAAGGUUCCUGGGACCAGACCGUCCUUCCUGUGGAAUACCAUCUGGAAAUACUUUCAUCUGCUGAAUGAAGAGCGGAAGAAGAUCUGCUCCUUCGAUGCAAAGGCGAACAUUUUGAAGCUCAUCGAUUUUGACGUCCUGCGCGACAGCAUUGUUGAGGUGGAGAGCCUCUGCAAGAGGGAGAACUCCCCCAUUGUCCUGUGCCAUUGCGAUUUGCUCUCCUCCAACAUUAUUAACACCGUGGGGGGGGGAGAAGCAGGCGAAUUAGGCGAAGCGGGAGAAACGGGCGAAGGGGGAGAAACAGGCGAAGGGGGAGAAACAGGCGAAGGGGGAGAAACAGGCGAAGGGGGCGAAGGGGACAGCAUCUCCUUCAUCGAUUUCGAGUACUCCUGCCCCAUGGAGCGCGCCUACGACAUCGCCAACCACUUUAACGAGUACGCGGGAUUCAACUGCGACUGGGACUUAACUCCCUCCAAGGAGGAGGAAUAUCAUUUUAUAAUGCACUACCUGGGCACGGAUGAUGAGGAAUUAAUUAAUCAGCUCAUUCGGGAAAUCCAACCCUUUUACAUCUGCUCGCACAUCAACUGGGGUCUCUGGUCCCUCCUGCAAGGCAUGCACUCCUCCAUUGAUUUUGACUUCAUAAACUACGGCAUGACUCGCCUCACUGCGUCCUGCCUGCCCAUCUUCAGGUCCAAGGUGUCCGGGGGGCGCAGCGAGGCGGCGUCGCCGCGCUGUCUCGACGAUUAG